AAUAAAUUCACUGAAAAGUAAUUAUAAAACUGAGGGCUCAAUUUAAUUUCUUUCAUGUUUCGCAGCUUUAACAAAAAAAUUAGACGGAGUGGAAAGUAAAGUACAUCAAUUGAAAAAGAUGAUGGAAGAACCAGAGCCGGACUCUGUGCCGCCCUCUGUUGUAGGUGUCAAGGAAACGACCACGCCUUCUUUUGUAGGUGUCGAAGAAACGACCACAUCCUCUGUCGUAGAUAUCAAAGAAACGACCACGCCCUCUGUUGUAGGUGUCAAGGAAACGACCACGCCUUCUGUUGUAGGCGCUGAAGAAACGACCACGCUAUCUGUUGUAGAUGUCAAAGAAACGACCACGCCCUCUGUUGUAGGUGUCAAGGAAACGACCACGCUAUCUGUUGUAGAUGUCAAAGAAACGACCACGCCCUCUGUUGUAGGUGUCAAGGAAACGACCACGCCCUCUGUUGUAGAUGUUAAGAAAACGACCACGGCCCAAGGUAACAAAGUCAAGAAAACUUCUUUGUCCUAUACUUCAACCGCCCUUGCUACAUACCCGUGGUUAACUAAGGAAGCCUUUCUCUCUACCGUGUACCUACAAACUACAAAAGUCGGACAGAGUACAGAAUGUGGCGUUGUCUAUAAUUCGAAAUGUUUUCGAGUUUAUAACGUGCAUAACGUCUCAUUAAGCGUCGCUGAAUCUAUUUGCGGAAACAAACUUGCUAACAUUUAUGGCGUCACACACUACAACAUGGUUCGAGAUUAUUUACGAUCAAUGAUUCUUGAUGAAUUGUCAUAUAUUUAUGUUCGUACUGGAAUGACUUACAACCACUUGAACGGUGAGCUGAAUUCAACAACGGGCCAAACUAUAUCUCUGCCAACUGAGGUUUGGUAUCCUAAUUAUCCGUCUUCCUAUGCAUCGGACACAACUGUUAUUAUCCGUGUCGAUCGAAACCCGACAAACAGCCAUCAAGGGAUUUUAAAUGUUCAUCCUUACAGUGUAUCUCAUGGAGCCAUCUGUGAAAAUGAAUUAUAACUCUGUCCACUGGAAGGUCGAUAAAAAAAAAACUGUAAAAUUUAAGAGUGAUUGUUAUUCACCUCAGUAGCUUAACUAAAUUUACUAUUUAGGCUUUUGUAUACUAGAAUAUUCAUUAUCCACACAUACAGCCUAACUUACUAUUUCCACGGCCCAUAGCUGAACGAGCAUAUAAAGUAAAUAUAUUUUGCAUGUGAUAUAUUACCCCGUAUGGGAUACAGUUGGGGUGUGGGGUGACGACGUAAAAAAAAUUAUUUACGCAUUUAUUUUAAUAUUUCUACCAAACAAACUAUUUUUUAUGUUUUAGAUGUGUCCAAGAAAUGUUUGAAUUUAUUAAUAUAACUCAAUUUAUUCUGAGUGAAUGUAAAUAAUCUUGAAAGGUUUUCGAUUAGAUUUUUUCAAAUAUAUAUUUCAUGUUUAGGAAAUUUCACUAAAUUACAAAAAUGAUUGAUACUUUAUAAAAAACGGCUUCAUAUCUGUAACCUCUAAAUAUUUGAUAAUAAAGAAAUACAACUAACAUUAUUUUAUAAUUUAAAAAAAUAUAAAAAGACAUCGUCUUCGAAUAAUUGGCAUUGAACUUCAUUUUGUCAAUGCUGUGAAAUCGGAUAAAAAACACAAUCGACUCUAAAAAAAACUAAUUUCGAUAAUGAAACCUUUGGUAAAUGCAAACUUUCCUCAAUAGAAAGAUAAGAACGCCCAGUUAAAUAAUCCUUUUGAAUUUAUGGUGAAGUUUUGACUUAUCUUGAAAGCAUAGAAAAUGUACAAUUCUGACAAAAUUCAUAUCUUGAACUCGCGCUCUAGUGGGAACUUGCUCAACUCCGAUUUCACAGCCCUUCAUUUUAUGAAUUUUUUCAUUUUACGAUGAAUCGCUUUAUGCAAAUUAGAUUCAUUUAGAAAAAUUGAAAUCAAAUUUACCAUAAAUUAAAAGUACCGAAUAAUUUUGAUAUAAGCUUAAUUGGUCGGAAU